CCAGUGCGGAGCUAGCGCGGUCGCGUCCAGCAGAGCUCGCGCGGGGGCGCACCGGAGCGGCGGUGUAGGUAGCCGCCAUGUUUCUGCCGCUAUUGCUUUCUUGAGGGUGUCGCUGAUGACUGGCUACUGCGGCUACCAGACGCACUGGACACUUGGAACACUCCUGAGUUUGCGGCUAGGUUCGCUUCCUGAAUGGUACCGGGAUCCUCCACUCUGGUUUCUCUUGGCUGUCCCGGAGCUACUUCCAGUCCCCAUGGCCGUCUCUUUCAAUGUCAGGCGGUCUAAGUUCCCCGCGGUGAAAAUGGAGCGCGGUGAGUCGUGCCCACGGCAGCGCACCUGGUUUUGCAGCGUGGGCAGGUCACAGGUGCAUCUUCCAUGGGGAUUUGAGCCAGCGUGCACUCCCAUAGCGCGACUGAGAUUCCAAGUCACACGCAGGAGUUCUGGUCUCGCAAGUCGGCCUCUGCUGUCAGCCGGCACCCGACUCUUCAGGUCACAGCCCGCGAUUUAGAAACGCCAGCACCCCGGUGAAUGCCCACGGCUCCUCAGCUUUAGCUGCACCGACGUCUGCACCACGCCCGUCAGCUCAGCUGCAGCCUGACUCUGGGUUGGAAACUUUUCAUGGUGGAUGAGGCCUGUAACUACCCAGAUGGAAUCAAGACGCAAUAGCCCUCCUCGAGGGAUGCUCAGAUGAGAGAUCCUCAGCAUUUGUGUCUCUAGAGAAGCCAAAAGCGGCCUUUGAGAGGAGCCUCAGAAAAUGGAAGAGAGGCCCUGGGUGCAGCUUUUGGACAAAUCUGGGUUCCCAACUCAUGCCUGUGUGAAGUAGACCAAAUUGCACUGCGUCUUCCAGCCUUUACCUCCUCCCCUUCAGAAUAUACGCCGUGACUGCUCGUCAUACAGCUGAGGCUUCCUUCUGUGUGCCAUUUCUGCCAUGAUGAAUGGGUCUGGGUGUUGGUCUAAGUGAUGACUCUUCAUGCCUUGCUCUUCCCAAGAAGCCACUCCUUCUGCACACGUCCCUAAAUGUCGGUAAUAUAAGCCCCUACGCAAAGCCACUGAUCCAUUUCCACUGCUGCUGCCUCAUCCGCUGCUCUGAAGUCUCAACCAUGGUGCCCUCCUUUGCUGCCAUCUUCAUUUUUGGACUUCUGGGUUCAAACUCAGAAGGAGUCACAGCCCAUCCAGCCCUGACUCUUCCAGAUCCUAGACUGUGGCUAUGCCAGCCAGCACGCAGGUGUGGGGAGUUGAUCUACAACCCCUUGGAGCAGUGCUGUGAUGACGGUGUCAUCCUAGACUUGAACCAGACCCGGCUCUGUGGCUCCAGCUGCACCUUCUGGCCCUGCUUCCAGCACUGCUGCCUGGAGUCUUUGGGCUCUCAGAACCAGACAGUUGUGAGGUUCAAGGUCCCAGGCAUGCAGCCAGAUUGCAUGUCCUCUCCUAUCACCAGUGUCUGUGCCCAGAUCUUUGGGGUGUCAUCUUUCUGGCUGGAAACCCCUGUGGCUGCUGGCACUUUUGCCUGAGUUCUUGUCCUGCAUCCAGGAAGAAAGGUACACAGACAGACAGAGUGUGAGCAAGACAAAGAGGAGCUCUAUCAAGUGACAGAACGGCUCAGAAGAGACCCACAGAGGGUAGCUCCUCUCUGUGGGGCAGGUCAUCCCAUCAAGUGUUCAGCCCUCAGCAGAAAGGAGGCCCUGGAAUGGGUGGUUCAUCUCUGUAGGGAGGUCGUCCCAUCAUCUCUGCAGCUCUCAGCAGACAGGAGGCCCUGGAGAGGGUAGCUCCUCUCUGUGGGGCAGGUCGUCCCAUCAAGUGUUCAGCCCUCAGCAGAAAGGAGGCCCUGGAAUGGGUGGUUCAUCUCUGUAGGGAGGUCGUCCCAUCAUCUUUGCAGCUCUCAGCAGAGAGGAGGCUUCUCUCUGCAGGCAGGUCACCCUGACUGAGACUCAGCUCUCAGCAAAGAGGGUAGCUCCUCUCUGCAGCUGGUUGUCCCAACAUCUGCAGCUCUCAGCAGACAGGAGGCCCUGGAGAGGGUAGCUCCUCUCUGCAGCUGUUCAUCCCGUCAUCUUCCCAGUCUCCGCAGAGAGGGUAGCUCCUCUUUUCACCUGGUCAUUCAGUCAUCUCUCCAUCCUCUGCCCUCCUCUGGCUGGGCCCAUAGGUUUUAUGGACCUCCAGAGGGAGGAAGUGCAUACCGAUUGGCCCAUGGGUGACCAUGGGCACCCAGAAAAGGCACCACAAGUCCCCAUUCCUGGCCUGGGAAUCUGGCAGCCCAACCCCCAGCCAUCAGGCCUUCAAGUACAUCACAAAGCAGCUGGAACUACAGGCAUGCACUACCAUGCCCCGCUAAUUUUUAUAUUUUUUUUGUAAAGAAAAUGCAUGGUUUUACCAUGUUGCCCAGGCUGGUCUUGAGCUCCUGGGCUCAGGUGACCCACCCACCUCAGCUUCCCAAAGUGCUAGGAUCACAGGUGUGAGCCACUGUGCCCGGCCAUAAAUUUCUAUGUCCGAUUAAAGCAAGAUGUCUAUCAGUCUAUGUGUUUGUGCACAUAUGAGGAAGAUCCAUGUUUGGAAGGUGCUGUUUGAUGGCAUAAGGCAGAGCAGAGUGGUUCAGGACCAGCCAUGUCAGAAAAACAUAUUUCGGCCGGGCACAGUGUCUCACACCUGUAAUCCCAGCACUUUGGGAGGCCAAGGCAGGCGGAUCACAAGGUCAGGAGUUCAAGACCAGCCUGACCAACAUGGUGAAA